AUGAACUCUCUCAUAGGCUCAUCAGCUAUAACAUCAUCAUCAUCCGUAGUGAUGAACCACAGAAGGCUCAUCAUGACGACAACCAUCCUUUCCGUAUGGAUAAUGUUACUAGGUAGUUUUUUCAUGAGUAGUACCGCAUCGGCCCAGGAACAACAUCCUUGCUCCUCUUCAAAUGUUACGUUACUGCAUUGGAAUGGUACAGAUGCCUCGUUUUUGAACGGAAUCUAUCCAAUUUAUUUCCCUCAAUUACCUACGCUCCAAUUUUUGAUUGAUGUAGAUGGUGCUGCUCAACCAUUGCCAAAUAGUGAUCCUUCAAUGAAUGAUACAUUCAAGGGAACUACUUUUGCCAUGAUGUAUCAUGUGGUGAAAAAUCAAGAGGACAGACAUUUUUACAAGUCUGUCUACAUGAUGAAUUCGAAAUUGGGGUCCAGCAAAAUUCAGAAAUUAAUGGACUGCAAUAUCAAUGUCACCAAAGCUGGCAUUCCAUACUGUGAUCGAGUGAUUAUGCUUCCAAAUACUGUCGUGAAUCAAAAUUCCAAGAGACAACAUUUCCUUUGGAGUAUUAUUGCUGGUAGACAAUAUGGUGAUCAAAAUACUGAGCUCGGCUCCAAAGCAGUUCCAUAUUUAUACAUUACGGACGUGACUAAUUAUGCUCUGCAACCAGAUACACCAGAUGCUGCUACUAAUUUCCCAAUUUUGAUUAACAAUUUUGCCAAGGACCCAGUCUAUUCAAGCAAAUCUGGUAACUCGAUCGGUUUUGAAACUUUUGCUUCUGCCAAUGCAGUCACUUCCGAUAUCUUCUACAAACCCAUUCUCAUGCUCGACAUUAUGAACCCAGUUUCAAAUCAAAACGAGUUAUUGGUAUUGCACAAAUCUGAUGCUAAUGCUAUUCGUAUUUUGAGAUUGACUCCAUUCCAUGAAUCGUUUGCAGUGACCUCGAGCCUUUUAUUGGUUCCUUCAAUUGUUGGUGAAGGAAUCGGUGGAACCAUCUAUGCCAAUAAUGUCAAAUUCCUCUACAGUGCUUCAAGACAACAAAUUCAUGUCUACUUUACCUUAUUUAGAGAACAACAAACCGCUUUUGAAAAUUUCCACAACCUUGGUCACAACACAAAUAUUCAAUUCCCUUCACAAGAGAGUGUCAAGUUUGUGAACGUUCUCAUGACUCUUGAUGCAUCCUCCCUAGAUAACCUCAAGGUUGUUAAAAUUGCUCAACUUUUCACAAGUACAGAGCGAACCAUUGACCUCUUCUCGAAUAACAAGAUGAAAGUUUGGCGCAUCAAUGACAUGGUAUUAUCAGGAAGCAAUGACCAAUAUUUGGUUCUCGUGGGUACUACCAUCUUUUCCGAAGAAGGAGAAACUGACAAGAAUGGCUUUAUUUAUUCGGUCAACAUGGACGAGUAUCAACCGUUCCCAACCUCAAAAGCCAAUGCUGAACAAUUCUCUCUCGUCAACAUUGACGAUGUGCAAAUUUCAAAUUCUGAAGCCCUCACUGUGAGUGCCAAUUUUUAUGGCUACAAUGACACCAUUGCUGUCGGUUCCAUUGUUCGAACCAAGAAAGAUGGUGCACCAUUCUAUGAAGAACCUGAAUUGUCGGGAUAUGUUCAUUUGUAUAGUGCUUCCAAUCUUGAGACACCUCUCGGUUACAAACAAAUGAGACCCAACCAUGGUAUUGUUCGUGCGUUUAAGGUUGAAUUGUAUCCAAGUUCACAAUACGAACACGAACAAAAUUAUGAACAUCUCUUCUUGUCAUGGAAUAUUAAGGAAGAAGGUGCUGUCAUUUCGCCACUUUCCUUUUCAUGUACUCCAAAGAUUGUCCGUGACGGCUGGCAAUACAUGUUGAUUGGAGUGUUUGGAGGCGAAUUUUUGUUUUGUUUCUUGAUUGGUGCUGCAUACUUUGCGUAUAAGAAGUUGAGAGCUAAAUUCUCAAAGCAAUCAUCAGCCUAUGAAAGUAUUUAA